UGGGACGCUGAAAAGUCCUGCAAUUUCAGGGCGCCAAUCAGAGACUCGGUUUUACAGAGCGAGGAGUAAACAGACAUUAAUCACUAUUUCUAGACAAAGGAAAUGGCCACUAGCCUUGGAGGUUGCUAACCAGGGUAGCGAGGAUCACUGCUGGAUGUGUCCUAGAUGUGACUCGGAGGGAGGGGGUGCGGGGUAGGGACGAUCGUACACCAGACACAGCCGCGCUCUCGCCCUCGGUGUGUCUUUUCCCCAGUCACUGCUUCGCUUGGUCUCAUGUGACGAGUGUAAGCAGAAUCAUCAUAUAAAGAUACCCGAUCGAUGCCUCUGAAGUCACAGAAACAGAUUCCCUGACUUGCCUGGGAACUAAAAGAAAAAGCGGUAGGGAAGGCAGGCAAAGCUCUAAACACCGAAGAGGCUGCAAAACCGUGGCGUGAAGCAGGCUGGCGGAAAAUAAGACCUCCCGUAGAAAGAGAACGAAACAAGCACACACACACACACUGUACGACGAUUUGCCCCAUUACGGUGGGAUGGAUGGAGUGGGGAUCCCGAGCACCAUGUACGGGGACCCCCAUGCCGCCAGAUCCAUGCAGCCUGUCCACCACCUGAAUCACGGUCCUCCGCUUCACUCCCAUCAAUACCCGCACACAGCUCACACCAACGCCAUGCCCCCAAGCAUGGGCUCCUCUGUCAAUGACGCUUUAAAGAGAGAUAAAGAUGCCAUUUAUGGACACCCCCUCUUCCCACUCUUAGCACUGAUUUUUGAGAAAUGUGAAUUAGCGACAUGCACUCCCCGGGAGCCCGGGGUGGCGGGAGGCGAUGUUUGCUCCUCAGAGUCUUUCAACGAAGACAUAGCAGUGUUUGCCAAACAGGUCAGAAAACAAGCAUGA